AAACACAGUAUCACCAAAGCAAGCACAAAUGGAUUAUGGAAAUAUGGAAUGUUUGAGUUCUCAGCAUCUCAGUAUUCUCCAUACCCUCCGCUCAAACUCGAAGGUUGCCUGCAGAUUUGCUUGAGACUGAGAAUUUGAGUGGUAGCCAAGAAGAAGGUGGUUUGGUUCAGUGUGAUCCAUGUGCCCGUGAUCAAUUGAGAUUCAGCCAUGCGAAACUUCGAUUCGUAAUUUGAUUCCGAGUGCCGUUGAGGAAAAGAAAAAGAUGGUUUUUUAGUAGUUAAAAAGUCAAACUGCCCCAUAAGUAUCCAUGCACCAACAUUGCAGUACAAAAAAUUCCAACUUGUUGCAGUCGCAGGUUGCUUGAAACAUGUCUCACCAGACGACGCCGUCUUAUCUCAGAGCUUCAGCUUCUUCCAGAGCAAAGGAGUCGCCGACUGCUGCAAGACCGGCAAGAGCAAUGUCGGUGUCCCCAGAUGUGAAUUCAGAGAGUUUGAGGAGUACGAUGAGGGCUCUCCUGCUCACCAGCAAGCCGGAAUCUGGGGAGCUUGUGUUGGGAUCUCAGAAAAGCAAGGAACUUGAGGAGAAGAAGGUUGUGGGUCGGAUUGGAAACCGCCAGGCCGCCGAGCAGUCCUCGAGGCAGCGGCGGCUGAGGGCGGUGGAACCCAAUUCCAAGAGAAAUGAUUCGAAUGAAGACGACCCACAUGGGAAAAACAGAGAAUUGCAGGAAAAGCUUGAGAUGAGUGAGAGUUUGAUCGCCGGUUUGCGGGCAGAGGUGGCGGCGCUGAAGGCGGAGCUGGAUAAGACUCUGGGUUUUAACGUGGAGCUGCAGUCGCAGAACAAAAACCUCUCUCGGAAUCUCGCCGCCGCUGAAGCAAAAAUUGCAGCUUUUACCACUCCUGAACAGAAGGAGAAAAAUGGAGAGCACCAGAGCCCUAAAUUCAAAGACCUCCAGAAACUCAUUGCCAACAAAUUAAAACGGUCAGUAGUACAGAAAGAGGCAGUCAAUGAAACAAGUCCUCCUAUCAAAGCACCACCUCCUCCACCACCAAAAUGGGCAGUUCUUAGAGUCUCCGCCAUCCAAUCCGGGCCACCACCACCACCUCCGCUACCACCAUCACUUCGGUCCCCACCCCCACCCCCGCCCCCGCCCCCGCCCCAGUCCUCAAUGAGAGCAACUGCCGGUACCACUCAGAAGGCUCCAGCACUUGUAGAAUUAUUUCACUCAUUGAGGAAGCAAGAGGUGGAGAGGGAUUCACUGGAGUCUCGAAACCAUCAUAAACCGGUGGCUACUAGUGCACAUAAUAGCAUUGUCGGAGAAAUUCAAAACCGUUCAGCACAUCUCUUAGCUAUAAAAGCAGAUGUUCAAACAAAAGGAGAGUUCAUCAAUGACCUUAUCCAGAAAGUGCUGGCUGCAGCAUAUACGGAUGUAGAAGAUGUCCUAAAAUUUGUCGAUUGGCUUGAUGUUGAACUUUCAUCUUUGGCUGAUGAACGGGCUGUCUUAAAGCAUUUCAAAUGGCCUGAGAGGAAAGCUGAUGCCAUGCGAGAAGCUGCAAUUGAAUAUCGUGAACUUAAACUGCUGGAAAGUGAGAUUUAUUGUUACAAGGAUGACACUGACAUUCCAUGUGCAGCUGCCUUGAAGAAGAUGGCUGCCUUAUUGGACAAGUCGGAGCGAAGCAUACAAAGGUUAAUUAAGUUGAGAAGUUCUGUUAUGCGUUCUUAUCAGGAAUUGAAAAUCCCAACUGAUUGGAUGCUCGAUUCUGGGAUUGUGAGUAAGAUAAAGCGGGCUUCCAUGAAUCUGGCUAAUAUUUACAUGAAGAGAGUGACGUUGGAGCUUGAAUCCAUUCGGAAUUCAGAUAGACAAUCAAAUCAAGAAUCUCUUCUGCUUCAGGGCAUGCAUUUCGCAUAUAGGGCUCACCAGUUUGCUGGAGGUCUCGACUCUGAAACAUUAUGUGCUUUCGAAGAAAUAAGGCAGCGAGUACCCGGACACUUAGGAGGUUCCCGAGAGCUAUUGGCAGGCAUAGCAUCUUCCUAACAAGCUACAACGAGAGAUUUCUUGCUGCCACUUACAGGUUCUUAAGAAAGUUAAGGAUUAAGUAUUCUCUCCUUCUGUCCCCAUGCAUUUUUUGGAAGUUUGCAAGAACCUCAUCUCCCAGCUGCAAACAGAAACCGAAUAAUCCGACCUGAAAAGGUUUACAAUCAAAUUUUGUGAAGCGUUGAGAAGUGAACGAAAUCUCCGCCAAGAACAUCGAAUGACUCGGGAUGCCCCUAAAACCGGCUUUUACUACUAUCGACGAUUGUGAUAACAGAUACCGUAAAAGCUGUAUAAUGAUUAUAUAAUUUCAGUCUGCUUUUUUGUGUAUAAACAUCAAACAAUCUUGACAUAUUUAAUCUGUCUUUUUUUCGAAAUAAGACGUCAAUGGAUUGUGAUGAGUUUAAUCUGAA